GAAUAGGGCACACGGGGCUAAAUGAUUCGUUGCAUAGUACAGGAAAACACAAAGAUGGGAAAUGUAAACACUGUGGGGAGCAUGAAACGGUUCAACACAUUCUAAUGGUAUGCGGGAAGUAUGGGGAGCAGAGGGAUCGGUUCAGAAUGGUGCUAGACCAGGCAGAAGAGACAUUUGGGAUGGGAAAUGUUCUACAGUUGAGAACGGCCAAUAUUCAAAAAGGGCUAAUAAAGUUUCUCAGGGACACAGGGCUGUUGGACAGGAUAUAGGAAGAGGGUAAUUCAUUAGUAUUUAAUUUGUUGGUUAGUAUUUAAUUUAUCCAAUUUUUGGUUUGGGUUUUGUCUGCACUCUGGUUGUGUUUCACUGGUUGUCAGGAGGGAUUGCUUUUAGUCUGUAACUGCCUGAUCUCGUGCUAAACCGUCGGUCCAGUAGAUGGCGGUAAUGCCCCACGGUACCGAGGGGUAAACUGCCAAUAAACAAAAAGAAGAAGCGACUUGCAGCUUCUGAACCCUCUGGAAGAAACAAACAAGCAAAUACUGCGUCCAGUAACUCCAAAAAGACGGACAGCCAACAAUAAAGUCAGAAAGCAAACUCGGAAGCACAACCUCAAUGCGUCGAUGGGGACGUUUGAGUUGCGGGAGCGGACGACCGCACUCCCCGAUGCCGACGCCUGUUACCGGACUUAGUUCGCGUUGAUGUUGCGAGCCGGGCUCCGCUCGUAACCGCCGGCAAAGAUGUCGGAGCUCCCACCGCUGCCACCUGAGCUGUGGGUGUCGGUGCUGAGCUUCCUGGGCCCCGCCGAUAUGCAGGCGGUGCGCUGCUCUUGCCGAGCCUUGCGUAUGCUAGCCGACCACCCGUACCUGUGGCGGGGCCAGACGGUGGUGCUCUCCGACCUGCGCCGCUACACCUUCGGCUUCUGGGAAACGCUGCAACGGCGUAAACUCACCAGAGUGGCCGUGCGGCACCUGCGGCGCAAAGAGUGGCGGCGCUUGGUCAAGUUUCUACCGACGCUGAGUGCCGUGGCCUUUGUCAACGGCGGCCGCAUAUACAAGCAAAAGUACCUGGACCACCUGCUGCAGUUCUCCGACGUGCGGGAGCUGGCCGUGAGGGACGCCGCCUGGUCGGAGCCCAUUUUGGGUCCGGCCCUCGGCCUCCACCUGAGUGCCCAGCUUACACACCUGAGCGUUUGCAACGUCCGCAUGCGCUACGCCGCCGACUUUGUCCGUUCUUUGGCCGGCCUCCACAACCUGCGCUACCUUCUCUUCCACCAGCAAGGGGAGGGCUGCGGUUUGGACCGAGUGCGGCCGGUGCCCCGUGAGGACUUCCACCAAAUGAUGACCAGCCUGACCAAGCUCACGCACCUGUCGUGGGGAAUGAGGGGCGAGCCCCCGGAGCCCCUGCCCGACGACUACCUUAGCCCUGUCGACCCGCGGCGUCCAGAUUGCCCGUACGGGGGUCCGACUCUGAGCAGCUUGGAGCUGGUGGACUACCCCGAGACCAUCCUGCCGUACAAUGCGCUGAGGAGUUUGACGUCCCUGCGCUCGCUGACAGUGCACUACCGCUACAUCCGCGACGGCCUUGACUGCCGUCUGGCGUCCUGGCUCUCCCCCCUCAAGCACCUGGAGACUCUCAGCAUCGUUGGUGGGAACUCUCUGUCGCUGUACACCAACACCAUCCCGGCAAGUGUGACACGGUUGACACUGCGCGUGGCCAUCACAUUGAAAGACUUGGACUCUAUUGCGCCCAAAGUUAUGGCCCUGGAACACCUAGAUAUUGAGCAGAACCGCUCCAGUGGGAGCCUGUGCCGACGCAUCCCCAUGUUGUUCCCCCAACUGCGGACGCUGCGCAUACGGUUCUUCCGUCGUGAGCCUGAGAAGGACCUCCUGAGCCUGCAGCGUCUUCGCCACCUAGAGCGUCUGGAGCUCCUGGUGGAGCGCUCCUUCAUCUUGCGCGACUACCUGAAUGGGCACCCGUGGCCCAGCCCCUGCGUCCAGGAGCUCAUCGACCAGCUGGUGCAGCUUUCGGCCAAUCGUAUCACCGUGGUGACCGCCAUGCGCCGCCGCAACCCGCUCCGGGAGUGCAACUGUGUCUGGGAGGGAGACUGAUUGCCCGACUCAUCACCUCAGUAUUUGUUGUGUCGAGUUGAAACAGACCUAGGCACGCUCUCGUCUCCCGGGGCUUGGCAGACAGACACCUGACUACCUGAGACUUUUGGACUUGCUGCACCCAGGUAAGAUUUGGCAAAUCGGAAACUUCAAAAAAGGCUGGGAAGAACAACAAAGGGUAAGAUUGAGCAGAUGUGACUAGAUAAAACGGAAAUUGUUAGAGAAGAAAGGUCAGCCAACAAAGGGUGAGACACAGGCCAACAAAGUGUUUAGAGAAAAAACAGGAAACCUGAAGAGAAAAGUGACCAGGUUAGACAAUACAAAGUAGGACUGUAGAACACUGUUUUUUGACAAAAGACUGUACAAUGCAGCAAAGGACAGGACUGACCAGGUAAGACAGGACUAGCUAGCAUUGAACAACAAAGUUUUAGUGUUUGAAAAGACAUGACGGCAAAACAAAAAGACAGGAAAUAAGGCUUGGAUUGGACAGCACAGGGUACUACAAAAGAUUAAAUGCAUUUAGAAUGCACAACACUGUUAGAAGGGACAGGACAAGAUAAUGUAAGAUUUGCACUUCAAUUAUUUAUGAAAUGGCCAUAAUAUUUAAAUAGAAAUUAAACAUGUUAAGCGGAUUUUCCCAUUUUAAAAGACUAUUCCCGCGUUGCAAAUUUGUUCCUGUUUUGCUUUCGUGUUCAUCAUCAGACAACCGCGACACCGGUUUCCAGUCUACGUCCGGGUUGCCAGAGCUCUGUAAGCCCCGUAAACUAAGGCGGCACCAACUUUGACAAACAGUCUGAAUUAUGUCUACUGCAAAAAAACGUCGUUACGAAUCUGAAAAGUUUCAAGACAACGAGAAGCAAAAAAAGGAUAUGUAUUCAUUUGGCGUGGUUGUGCUACGUUAUUUAGCACAUGGAUCCAUUGACCGGGGCGAAGAUAAAGUAUUUAUGCGAGUAUAUAUUUAGGUGGAAUUCGUGGAGAAAGGAUGGGACAAAACAGUGUUUGGUAGCAAGAGUUUAAAAAAGAAAAGUUAAUUCACUUCCCAGUAAGUGGACGUCAGCCCCGACUACUUUGAAAUCUGACUAUUAUCUGCCAUUGACGGUGAUAAGGCGGAAAACACAGGUGGCUCAAAUUUCCGUUCUGAGCCAAAUUUCAAAAUUGUCCAACAUACAUUUGUGAUACAUCAAUGGAAAGUUUACAAUCUGUUUUGAAGAGAAAAAAAAGAGCUGGAGGGCAUUUUUUAACACCUUAAAAGUAGGUCAAAUCACAUGAGCUAAAAAUAGAUAUUUAUAAGACCUUUACAAAUGUAUUUAAAGGGAAGCUUGGACUUAAAGACGUGUAGGCUCUAAUAAGCCACAAUUGUUCUCUUUUACUAAAAUAUAAGAAAAACACAUAAAAUAUUGUCAUUGGUUUAAAAAUCUAUAAUAUUUAGUACAUGUUUUGACCUACGGAGGGCGCCAUGUUUUAUGCGCGCAAUGGACGCUCGGGGUGAUGACAUACUUUGUUACUGUCACUAGACAAACACUACCGGUGUUCUGCAAUUUCUUCGACGUGGCGAGACGUCCAACACAUGCGCACAUCGUUUAAAAGCGACGAGACCUUAGUGUUUUUAUUCCUUUUCAUUGCCUCAGAAUACUUUUUGGAUGGGUUUCCCUCUCAUACUUUUAAGCAUUGUGUUUUCUUGUGGUAGCUUUAAAGCAGAUUGUUAACCCUUUAACACCUAAGCCUAUUUUGGCCGAAUUUGCAUGCAUUUGAUGUUGCCUUUAUAUUUCAAAGAAAAAAUUGUUCACAAUGGCCAAGUUGGGUCCCUUUUUUCAGGACACCUUGAACUUCAUGUCCAAACUGUUGUUUUCUUCACUGAGCAAUUAUAAUCCACAUUUUGGACCCAAAAAGACAAAAAAAUUCCAAAAUAUUUUUUCAAAAUUUGUAAUGUUGGUGUCCCAAUGACAAUCAAACAUGCUCGACCAACCUUUUGAAGGUUGAUAAUAUUUAUUCAACUUGUUAGGAUAAACAUUCAAUAGAAAAAAAUAAGAUUGAAUAGUUUUAUGUUUGACUAUUCAACACAAACAGCGGGUAUGGUCAUAGGCGUUUUUGGCCUUUACACAUACUAUGGUCAAUACAGGUUAUAUACAGUGCAAAAUAGUGAGAACAAAAAUAUAUAUAUAUCAUCUAACACAAAAAGGGUUUGGAGGAUAUCUCUUUGUGAAGUUAGGUAUUAUACCCAUCACCUUAUCUAAAGUAUACGUACAUGCAAUCAAGCUUCUUGAACACACAUCUAUAUAAAAAUUGAAAAGAUUCAUAGUGAAGAAAAAAAAAUAUAUAACAUUGGGGGAAAAAGUAUUUUCAAAACUAUUGACAAGUAGUUCAGUUCAAUUCAAUUUUUUCAGGCAUGCGACCCGAUAGUUUUUUUUUUUUUUUUUUUGCGCACUCAAUAAAGUUUGUUUUUGAACAGGUCACUGAGCUGCGUCACAUACAACGUCACACAGCCUACUCUUCUGCCGUUUGAGCGCUGCUGUCACUUCUACUCGCCGAGACGCCGACUAAUUAGAGGAAAACAGCGACAAAUACAGCUACUCCUAUUCCUUGAGUAGAUGAAAAAAUGCAUUAGCUUGCGCUAAAAUUAGUUUUCGAUUCAUUCUGCACGUUUCAAAGUCGCUCGCGCAAUCCAAUCGGUGUUCAUGCCUCCUUUUCCUUAGUUGGCGCCUAGCUCGGCAAUUUAUUAAAAAUGUUCACAUUCGGUUCGUCCUUCUUGACAUCACAACGGAUCUUGGGCUAUGUAGUCUUUUGUGCUGCUUUUGGUUUUGAAAAAGGACAAGAAAUGAUGGAAAUAUGGAGAUAGAAACAUGGUACAUGCAGCGUUUUAAUGCAUAUUUAUGAGUGCAAUAAAACUAUACAACUCAAAUGACAUUAUCUCCCGUUUUUCGUGGUCGAUUGACUUCAAAUAAAAACUGGUGUGGACAUCAACUUCCGCACUUUCAAAUGAGACCAACCAGCGGCGCGUGGGUGACGUAAUUACAGCGUGACGAAGCUUCAAAGACGACAUGCAUAAACGCGUCGCUGCUGACACGUUCAGUGUUAAAGGGUUAAUCUGUUGACCACAUUAGUCACGUAGCGUAUUUAAACCACCCUUAUGUGAUAUUAUUACGUUUAAGUAUUUUCUUAAGGCAUCUUUAGUAUGUUCUGUCUGUAUGCAUCUAAACAAAACAAGCUGAAAGCGCAAGGUAGUACUUUGGGUGUCAAAUUCACCUCUGGUAGAACGUUUCACCAGUGUAGCACAUUUUGGCAGAACACUAGUUUUGUCCUACUUGUCUCCUGUUCAUUUUGCUUUUGCUGCUCGUUUUGUGAAAUAUCGACAGUGCUGUCAUGCUCAUUAAUGUUCCUCUCGGGUUCAAGGUUAAAGGGCUGAACAGAUGACAUGUUUAUGUCGUUUAUCUCGCAAGAGUCAUACUCUGGAAGCCCGGCAGCGUAACCCAGUGACGUCACUGCCCUGCGACAUCGACAAUAACGGCGACAUACUAGUUAAACUAGUUUUAUAAAUUGUAUAAAAACGAAAACAUCAAGAGGGGUUUUAAUUUGAAAUUAUUUUAACUCAUAAUAAUGUUUCUCUUAAGAACUACAAGUCUGUCUAUCCGUGGAUCCCUUUAAGUUUCUCAUUUUGAAACAGGUUUUGCCCACCAAUACUGCUAGUCUGCUGGAUAAUAAACACGUCAAGUAACACUUUGCAACAGAAAAUUCAUUCAAAUCAACAAAGGGGAGAAAAAUGGGAAAUUUUAAAGCAGUAAUUAAUUCAUAAAAUACUUGCGAAGGACUGAAUUUAGGGAACAAAAAAUUGGAAUUCCAUAGUCAGCAGGGGCAAGGAACCAUUCCUCAAACAACUUUGUAUAAAUGCAGCAAUAUUUGAAAAUACUAUGCAUCAGUGAUUACAACACAUGAAGUAGGAAAUUAUGACCUACUAAUUAUACUGUGGUGCCUCUACUUACGAACGUCUCUACUUACGGAAUUUUCAGGUUACGACACACCUUAAGGGAAAAUGUUGCCUCGAUGAAAGAAAUUUCAGGAUACGAAAGGCAAAAAUACAGAAUGGGCUGGUUCUCGCAGUUCCUAGAGUUUACUGAAAGUAACAUAGCUGCUCUGCCAUUGACUAUUGCGUAGCAUCUCCCUGAGAUCCAAUUGGCUAAGAGGGACUUCUUCUGUAUGUGUAUGUUUGUAUCCCAGCGUCCUCUUCAAUCGCUCCUCAGGCUGCAAGGAUUUCCGACAGCUUUACGUGAGUGUAUUAACAUAAUCUAAUUGUAACAUGUAUUUGUUACAUGUUUUGAUUCAUUUUUAUGCUUUAUGAAGGCUAUUCAGUACGUCUGAAUUUUGGGGGGGGCUGCACAUGGAAAACCUCUCUACUUAAGGAAUUUUUAGUUUACGAAAUUCUGUUUACUUCCAGAAGCAAUUAAUUUUCUAAGUAGCGGUACCAGCGGUACUGUAUUAAAAUAGCAUAUUCUGCACAAAACUAUAUAACCUAUUUUUCGGACUAUAAGUCGAACCAGCCAUAAAAUGCCCAACAAUGAGGAAAAAAACAUAAGUCGCACUGGAGUAUAAGUCUCAUUUUUUGGGGAAAUUUACUUGAUAAAAUCCAACACAUACAACAGAUAUGUCACCUUGAAAGGAAAUUUAAAAUAAAAAUACAAUAGAGAUCAACAUGCUGAAUAAGUGUACAGUAUGAUAAUGUUACAUGAUGCAUGAACAACGAAAUGCGAACGUGGCCGGUAUGUCAACGUAAGAUAGAUUACUCAGAUAACUAUAGCAUAAAGAACAUGCUAACAAGUUUACCAAACCAUCAGUAACACUCCAAAACACCCAAAUAAAAUUUGAAAUGAUAUAAUAAUUAGAGCUGGGAAUCUUUGGGCACGAUUCAGAGGCUCCGAUUCGAUUAUAAAACGAUUAUUGAUGCACCUCCCCUCCUUUUUUUUUUUUUUUUUUUUUUAAAUAAAUGUUUUGUACAUUAGUUCCAAAAUUUUUCAAAAAUCCUCUCAGGCUAAACCAAACUACUAUUUCUGUAUCAAGUUAACAAAUAUACAAAAAUAACAGUAACUAAAAGACUCCAGUCCCCAUUCUGUAUUUGCAGCUUUAAACUACAUUCAAUUAAUUUCAUGUUGUGAAUCAACUGUUAGUUGUUAAAAUUGCUCCUGUUAUUCCAUAAUUUCCCUUCUGUCUACUUUUGUCAAAGUUUUAAAACUAUUUCAUCAAAUUCAAGACAAGAUUCUGCCGAUUUAGCAGUAUUUUAGAGAAAAAGUUAAUUAGAUUCGCUACAACAGCCUUCUAGAGAAGUCACUGCUUUAGUACUGCUUUAAGAUGGCGGCUGUUUACUAAUGCUGGAAAGUCUGUCAUUUCGCAUCUCGGUUCAAUAAUAGAUGUUCUAACACUGCCUUCGUCUGUCAUCUAGUUCUACAUAUAUAUGAUAUCUACUGUAGCCGUAUGUUUGUAGCAACUAGCAACUGGGCGUUGUUUGUAGCGGCUAUCGGCCGCAGUUAGGUAUGAUUGUUUUUUUUUUUUAUCUAGCGGCAUAAGUUGAACAUGAUAUUUACUCUCGGUCCGUUCCCCAUUGCGUCCCAAAGACCGCGCUGACUGUGUUUUACUUCUGUUUUACCUGGUAUAAUCCAAUAAUCAGAAUUUGGAUGUUUGUGAAUCGUUCUCGAAUCUUCCACGGCCGAAUUGCGAAUAAUCUAAGAAUCGGAAAUUUCGCAAGCCUCUAAUAAUGAUGUGUUAAUAAUUUCACACAUAGGUCGCUCCAGAGUAUAAGUCGCACUCCCAGCCAAACUAUGAAAAAAACUGCGACGUAGUCUGAAAACUAUGGUACAUUAUCUACACUGUUCAAUGUCUUGUUCCCAAAAACGCUUCGCUCUGUGCAAAGUUAAUAGGUAAAAAAAAAAAAAACUGAGUUGAGGCAGAGACUGACGCAACACGAGCCGUGCAAGGCUAUAGACCCUACCCACGUGACGUCACAACUCCGCUCUCCUGAAUGGUACCGCCCACUUGUCCGUCAAAACAUAGUGUUAACCUGUUACGGCUACGUACAUUUCUCCUAUUUACGGCGUGUUUUUCUGCUCCUUAACAUUAAUAAUCAAAAUGGUGAAGGCGUGUGUGGCUGUUGGUUGCACUAACAGAGAAGAUGGAAGGAGAGAGGAGAAGUUUUACCGUAUUGCGAUGGAUCCCAAGAGAGCGAAAUGGACGGCUGCAAUUCGACGUGAAAACUGGGCACCAAAAAAUCACCACAGACUAUGUAGUAGUCAUUUUAUAUCCGGUAAGAUGCAUUUAAGAUAUACUUAGAGGGUUUUGGGCUGACAAAUAACCACAAUUAAGAUCAUUGCGAGGCUAAUCGCCGACAACAUACGACGUAGUACGACAUAGUUUCAAAUUCAAGAUGUUUGUGACUUCCCUUUCUUCCACCAUUGUUAUUUUUUGAAUAAUAUUUAGCUGGUACCAAGUGAAAGAAACUGGCCUCGUCUACGGGGCUGACAAAUAACCACAAUUAACAUCAUUGCGAGGCUAAUCGCUGACAACAUACGACGUAGUACGACAUAGUUUCAAAUUCAAGAUGUUUGUGACUUCCCUUUCUUCCACCAUCGUUAUUUUUUUAAUAAUAUUUAGCUGGUACCAAGUGAAAGAAACUGGCCUCGUCUACGAGGCUGACAAAUAACCACAAUUAAGAUCAUUGCUAGGCUAAUCGCCGACAACAUACACGUAUGUAUGUAGUGAGAGUGCUAUCGCUAAACCAUAUAAACAUUAAAAGCCUUAACUCCAUUGACAAACGACAUGAAAUACAUUAGACUUGACAGUGGAUGUUAGCAAUAACAAAAGAUUUUGAAUUGAAAAUUUCGUAACUCACCUUUCCAAGCACAAGAUAGAUUCCUGCCGAAUUUUCGUGGACGAGGACAUGUUUCACCCAACCAGCAACGAAGUAUUUAUAAGCCUCCAAGCUCUUAAAGUGUUUUUCAAAUUUUCGUGAGAAUAGGCUGAUUUUGUGUGGACAAGAUAAUUGUAAAUAUCAGCGUAGCAGAUGUCAGGCAGACAGGGCGAAGACAGUGGGUCGAAAAACAUCGAUUUGGGCAUCAAAUAUGGAUCUGGCGACUGUAUAGAAUGAAGCUUUUCCACAUAACGCCUUUUAUGCAACACAUCCCGUGAGUUUACGGCAUCAGAAAGCAAUUGCAAAUGCAUUUUAAAUUCCUCGAUCAAUUGAAACCAAUGCUAAUACAGAGACAAAAUGACGGACAAGUGGGCGGAACCAUACAGCGAGCACGUGGUUUUAUGACGUCGGUGGGUAGGGUCUAUAGCCACCUACGGUUCCAAACAAGUCCACUAAGCAACUUUACAAUUCAAACUAGGGGUGUGACAAAAUAUCGAAAUGGUGAUAUAUCGUGAUACUUUGUAUCCCCAAAUGUUAUCAAUAUGCUCCUGCCAAGAAUCGAGAUAUCGUUUUAAAAAGGUGUUCAUGACUUAAAAAAAAAAAAAAAGAAUAAAAAGGAACCAACAAGUUGCUACCAAAAUCUUCCACUAUAAUAGUGUCUCAGUUAACUCUAAGGUUGCAUUGACGGUGCUCGACGCCCAAUCCAUUUAGACUAGAAACGUUCGUUCAUUCGAAACCAGAGCAUUUCCAGUCAUUCUGUCCGAUUUUCAGGGCAUUUACAGGUCACUUGCUGUUGAGUUUGAGUCACUGCCUAUCCAUUUGGGUGAUUCCCAGGUCACUUCCAGUUAUGUAACUCAAAAUAAACAGGAAGUGACCCAUAAAAUAGCCCAAAAUCAAUAGGAAGUGACUGAAAAUGACCUUAAAUGGCCCAAAAUUACCUCAUUGCCUGGCAUUGGCUGCCACUGACAGCCAUAGAUGUUCAAUCCGUUUGAAGUGGGAGGGAUGGCAGCGAGUGAACGAAUGUUCAUUCGCUGCCACCCUCCCAGUUUAAAUGGAUUGGACGUCUACUAGUGAUAAACUCAUUCCAAUUCACAUCAGAAGCUUGUUUUUCUGUUUAUUAGUCGUUUGUAGAAUAUCAUUGAAUGACUUCCUGACCAAUGUAUCGAUAAUCGUUGUAUCGCCAUAUCGUCAGAUCAUCGUUAUCGUGAGCUUUGUAUCGCAAAUCGUAUCGUAUCGUGAGGUACCAAGAGGUUCCCACUCCUAAUUCAAACACAAAAUACAGAUAGAACGUCGAGCAAACGCAGAGUUUGCCAAUUCUCAAGCAGGAUUGUCAACUUGAGGUAUGAUCACACGCGACCACAAUCAAAAUCAUUUUUCGACACAGGAUUUAGUUAGAUACUAUCGCGUACUUGAUUGGAUCCAAGUACUCCUUUCAGCGUAUAUCACGGAGAGUAAACGCAGCUGUAAAAUGUAGAUUUGAAAUCUUAACACCGUCACUGCGGAUGUCUCACGGGUACAAUGCCAUGGACAAAACUGGUAGUACUCGAGAUUUUUCAAACAUUUAAAAAAUAUUUUUUAAACUUUUCGUUGUUUCACUGAUAUAACAUUAAAAAUAUCAAGGAAAUGUAACAGUAACACAUGAAUACAUUUAAGCGAUUGUUAUGAGGUAGAUCUAGGUGUCUUAUUUUUUCACAAUUAGUGAUUCAAAGAGAAAAAUUAAACAUAUAAUUUUUUUACCCUUUUAUAGCUGGGAUGGGGACAAAAAGGGGAGGGUCUCAGGGGUAAAACGGACAAAUUAAAAAUAGGCCAGGGGCAAAUUGCGCAAUUUAACUUUUAUGACAGCAUGUAGACAUAUUGUUCCAUCAAACACAAUUAUUUUUAUUUUAAAAUAAUUUUAAAAUUAUGCAAGACCACAAACUGCUUUUUCCAGCCUCUUUUGUGUUUUCCGCCAUAGACGUCCAAUACAUUUGAAGUGAACUCCUGGCAGUGUAGGCUCAUAUUUCAAGGCCAUUGGCAGCAAUAGAUGUCCAAACCAAUUUGACUGGGAGGGGUUGACAGCAGCUUAGCUAACAUCUGCUAGUGUAAUGAUAAUGUAUUAUACAAAAUCAAUUAAAUAGGCUAACUGGAAUAAGCGUCCAUCUUAGUGAUUGUCAUUGACUGACUGGACAGUAGUUUGUUGGCAGCUUGAACGAUAAGUGGACAUUAAGUUGAAGAAAGGAGGGGAAAAACAGUAUUGAACAAGACUUCUGUAAAAAAAAAAAAAAAAAAUUGUUUAUUUAAGCUCCAUCAGCCAGUGUUUGAAUGUAGAAAGUGAUAUCUUGUGGACUCAGUUUGAGUGAAUUCAUUUUUCACAAGACAUACACUCAUAAUUUUCCUGCUGAGGUGUAAAUGGGAAUUUGAACAAAUGUUCUAACAAAUUGUACACUAGUUUUGGCCACUGGGUGAAUAAAUUAUUUUGUCUGCGUGAA